AUGUCAAGUACUAAUGUACCUAAUCCUCUUCCUCUCUUUAACAACAAUAAAUCACUUUAUGGAUCGCGAACACAAACGAAUCAAUCCUCAAAAAAGAUUUCAAUUAUCGAAGAUAAAACAACACUUGAGCCAGUACGUUCAUCUCCAUUAUCACCGAUUAUACCAUCAACAAAUUCAAAUAUAAAUGCACAACGAUCAAUACCAAUUACAAAUCCUUCUACAUCAUCCGAAUUUUCAUCUUCUCAUAUUCAAAAACAAAUUCAUAUACAAAAACAAGCAUUACAUUUAUUUGAUCUUGAACAAGUACAUGAUAAUAUUCAACAACAAUUAGAUGAUUGGAAAAAUUCAAUGUAUAAUCAAGUACAAUCUAUGAAAAUUCAUAUGUUAAAACAAAAUGCACAAUCAUUUGAACAAUUAAUAAAAUUUCAAAAUUUAUCAAAAAAAUUACUUGAAGAAACAUUAAUUAAACAAUUAUUAAUAAUGAAAAAUAAUCCACAAUCAAUUGAUUCUGAACAACUUGAUGAAAUUGAACAACAUUUACAACAAAUGAAUAUUGAAAUUGAAUUAAUGAAACAAUUAGAUAUACAAUUUGAUCCAUCGAAUAUUGAUAUAACUGGUGAAUUACAAUUACAUAAAAUGACAGAUUUUAGUAAACAUCAACCAUUACCUCAACCGCCACGUUCACCACCACCACCACAAUCAAUGCCAUCAAUGCCGGAUAAAACAUCGGAUCAUACACCGACUUCACCUGAUCCAACUGAACAUAAACCUACAGCACCAGUUUGGACAGAUACAACACGACAAGGUCUUAAUAGUUUAUCACGUUAUCUUCCAUUUCGUUUGUUAAUUCCUAAUUAUGUUCGAGAAGAAUUAAUAAGAAAUUUUGAUAUUGAACAAUUUAAUGCUAUGUUAGAAGUUUCAUGUCAAUCUUCUAUUGAAUGUAUAUUAACAAUAAUUAAUCAAAAUGAUCUUGAAGCAUCGAUUGAUAUUUUAACUGAUUUAUUAAUUGCAUUUAAAUGUUCAUCAACACAAUAUGAACUACGAUUAUUAUUUCAAAAAAAAUUUCUAUCAAUUAUAGCUGGUAAACGUAAUGAACGUCUUGAUCGUUUACGUGAAAAAUAUCAACUUGAUAUGGUUAAAAUUUUUCCACAAACAUGUCCGCAAAGUGAUGAACGUGUUGUACUAUUACGUAGUCAACAUAAUGAAUAUAUUAUCUAUUGUCUUCGAGAAAUUCUUCAAAAUGUUCUUGAACAAGCUCAUUUUACUGAUGAAGAUAAUACUCCAUCAUAUUCUAUGUAUGAUCCAUCAGUAAAUUAUGAUGAAUCAUCUGCUCAUGAAUAUGGUGGUUAUAAAUCAAAUGAUGUAUGUGAAAUAACUUCAAAUACAAAUAUUACUGCUUCAUUAGAAGAUUUAACUGAAUCAAAACAACAAUCAACUGUAUCAAUACAUUCAUCAUCAUCUUCAUCAUUAUCGAAACAACGAAAUAAUUCUGAAGAAGCACCAUUAAAUUUUGAUGAUACAGAACCAGAAUCGGAUGAUAAUGAUGAUGAAUUUAAACGAUCAAAAUCAUCGGAUGAUAAACGAAUUUUUGUUAAGAAAUUAAAUUCUGUUAAAGGAAGACAAGUUGGAUUAUUAAUUGGUCCAUUUGGUCAACAUAUUACACAAAUUCGUGAACAAACAGGUGCAAAAAUUCAUUUAACAAAUGAUGAUAAUGAACCAUCAGUUAUAAAAGGAACAAAAAGUCAAAUCAAUCAAGCACUUCGUCUGAUUAGAGAAUGUUUACAAACACAAAAACCAAUACCACGAACAGCUUUCAAAGGUGGUCGACGUCGUUAA